AUGGCUACCACGGGUCCCGCCGUCGGUAUCGACCUGGGUACCACGUACUCUUGCGUGGGUAUCUUCCGUGAGGACAGAUGCGACAUCAUUGCCAACGACCAGGGCAACCGAACGACGCCCUCGUUCGUUGCCUUCACUGACACGGAGCGCCUGAUUGGUGAUGCCGCCAAGAACCAGGUGGCCAUGAACCCUCACAACACUGUCUUUGACGCCAAGCGAUUGAUUGGCCGCAAGUUCAGUGAUGCCGAGGUCCAAGCCGACAUGAAGCACUUCCCCUUCAAGAUCAUCGACAAGGGUGGCAAGCCCAUAAUCGAGGUCGAGUUCAAGGGCGAGCAGAAGACGUUCACUCCCGAGGAGAUCUCCUCCAUGGUCCUCACCAAGAUGCGUGAGACUGCCGAGAGCUACCUCGGCUGCCAAGUGACCAACGCUGUCGUCACCGUUCCUGCCUACUUCAACGACAGCCAGCGUCAGGCCACCAAGGACGCCGGUCUCAUUGCCGGUCUCAACGUCCUCCGAAUCAUCAACGAGCCUACCGCUGCCGCCAUUGCCUAUGGUCUCGACAAGAAGGUCGAGGGCGAGCGCAACGUCCUCAUUUUCGAUCUCGGUGGUGGUACCUUUGAUGUCUCUCUCCUUACCAUCGAGGAGGGCAUCUUCGAGGUCAAGUCGACUGCUGGUGACACUCACUUGGGCGGUGAGGACUUCGACAACCGCCUGGUGAACCACUUCGUCAAUGAGUUCAAGCGCAAGCACAAGAAGGACCUGUCUACCAACAGCCGUGCCCUGCGACGUCUCCGAACCGCUUGCGAGCGCGCCAAGCGUACUCUGUCUUCCUCUGCCCAGACGUCGAUCGAAAUCGACUCUCUGUUUGAGGGCAUCGAUUUCUACACCUCCAUCACCCGCGCUCGUUUCGAGGAGCUCUGCCAGGAUCUGUUCCGCUCCACCAUCCAGCCUGUCGACCGCGUCCUGACCGACGCCAAGGUGGACAAGAGCCAGGUUCACGAGAUCGUCCUUGUCGGUGGCUCCACUCGUAUCCCCCGAGUGCAGAAGCUCAUCACCGACUACUUCAACGGCAAGGAGCCCAACAAGUCAAUCAACCCUGACGAGGCUGUUGCCUACGGUGCCGCCGUCCAGGCUGCUAUUCUCUCUGGCGACACCUCGUCCAAGUCGACCAACGAGAUCCUGCUUCUCGACGUCGCUCCUCUCUCCAUUGGUAUCGAGACUGCUGGCGGCAUGAUGACCAAGCUCAUCCCCCGCAACACCACCAUCCCCACGAAGAAGUCCGAGGUCUUCUCCACCUUCUCCGACAACCAGCCUGGUGUGCUCAUUCAGGUCUACGAGGGUGAGCGCCAGCGCACCAAGGACAACAACCUGCUCGGCAAGUUUGAGCUCACGGGCAUCCCUCCUGCUCCUCGUGGUGUGCCUCAGAUCGAGGUCACCUUUGACGUCGACGCCAACGGUAUUAUCAAUGUCUCUGCUGUCGAGAAGGGCACUGGCAAGUCCAACAAGAUUGUCAUUACCAACGACAAGGGCCGCCUGUCCAAAGAGGACAUUGAGCGCAUGCUGGCUGAUGCCGAGAAGUACAAGGACGAGGACGAGGCUGAGGGCCGCCGUGUUGCCGCCAAGAACGGUCUUGAGUCGUACGCCUACUCGCUCCGCAACACCUUGUCUGACCCUAAGGUCGACGAGAAGAUUGAGGCCGCCGACAAGGAGACGCUCAAGAAGGAGAUUGACAGGGUUGUUGCCUGGCUCGACGACAGCCAGCAGGCUACCCGUGAGGAGUACGAGGAGCACCAGAAGGAGCUCGAGGCCAUUGCCAACCCCAUCAUGAUGAAGUUCUACGGAGCUGAGGGUGGUGCCGGUGGCAUGCCUGGCAUGCCCGGUGGUGCUCCAGGCGGCUUCCCUGGCGCUGGCGGUGCUGCCGGUGGCGCUGGUGGCGACGACGGCCCGACCGUUGAGGAGGUUGACUAA